AUGCAGCCUUAUACAGCGCUACUGGCUCUUGCAAGUUUAUAUGCGCCUUAUGUAAAUGCCGCUGAAGCCACAGACAUGGGCCCAGCUGCGUUUCUCUGGCCUCCUGAUCGAGCAUGGGGAGCAGCGCAAGACAACACUGCUCCCUGUGGCUCCUCUGCUGGAGUGACAAACCGGACAGAGUUUCCAUUGACAAAUGGCGAAGUAUCCAUAGUCCUUCAAGGCGAAUCAUACAAUGUCAAUCUAGCUAUUUCCUACAGCAACAACCCAACCUCAAAUACCGACUUCACAACCCUCGUCCCCUCAACCAACUUCCCAGACCUAAAUCCAGGCCACGAAUGCUACUCUGUCCCCAACCCACCCUCUAACAUAACAUCCGGCGCAAACGCAACACUCCAGCUCUCCUACCUCUCAACAUUUGACACAGAGACAAAUAGCACUUUCUAUGCCUGCGCCGAUAUAACCUAUGUCCCUCUUGCCUCGUUCACAACGAAUGUUCUCUGUUUCAAUGUUUCUGAGCCGACGACUACUGGUUCUAGUUCUACUAUUUCUGCUACAUCGACUAGUUCUUCAAAUCCCUCUUCUUCGUCUUCUUCAAGUGGAGGUGGUGGGUUGUCUGGUGGUCAGAUUGCGGGUAUUGUUGUUGGCUGCGUGGCUGGAGCGGCUUUGGCCGCUGUUGCUUUGUUUGUUCUUUGGACUAGGUAUCAGAGAAAGGUGCAGCGGGAUAAGGUUGUUGCUGUUCGAAUGAGUGAUUGGGCUAAUCAGCCUGGGAAGACGGUGUCAAAUGGGUCGAAUGAAGUCUGA